GGAGUGGUAAUUUUAGCGCCUGCGUGUCUUGACCCUUGGGCGUUUUCCGGUUGUUUGAUCCGCUACAGCAACUCCUGCAACACGUUGAGCCGGGUCAUUAUCUCCGCUGCUGCUUAUACACAAUCAAGAGCUGAACAAAAUUAUCUGGCUCCUCGGUAUUUUCACUAGCCUUCACACCACGGUCAUGACAGACCUAGCCGCCGAACGCGUCUCCCUUGACCUGACACAUGUAAUCUAUAAUGCCUCUUCAGACACUUCAUUUGUACUUGCACUACUGACGCUGAGUCCGAUCCUUCUGAUGCCUGCGUAUGCGGUACUCGCAGUACAUACCCGUGAAUUGACUAUCAUCAACAUGUGGGCUGGACAACUCCUUUCAGAGGGUUUAAAUCUGGUGCUAAAGCACAUUUUCAAACAGGAGCGUCCAGUUGAUAGCCACCUUCACCUUAAUGGUUACGGCUUUCCCUCGUCGCACAGCCAGUACAUGGGCUAUUUUUCUGCAUUCCUGAUCUGUCACGUGUAUUUUCGACACCGGUUUGCACUCUCAGGAUCUGUCGUGCUCGAUCAGCUUUUCCGAAUAGUUGUCUACCUUGGAUUAGUUGUGUGGUGUGCCAUCGUUGCCUAUUCAAGAUUCGCCUUGCUGUACCAUACGCCUCAUCAAGUUAAAUGGGGCCUGGGGAUUGGCAUAGUGUUGGGUGUUUCACAUUAUGUGUGUACAGAACUACUCCCAGCUAAAUUCCCGGACUCUAUGUUUGGACGAAUCCGAUCUGCCAUCGUAAAUCAUCCGAUAAGCGUGUGGUUACAGCUAAGGGAUGGCUGGGGCGUCUGGGCAGAUGGUGGGAGAGAAGCCGAGUGGAAGCAAUGGAGAACUGAAUGGCUGAAGCAAGCAUGCACGUCUGGCGGGGAAAAGGACGGCAUGAGCUUCGCUGCUAAACCCCUUGUGUUUUAUCAAUCAGAUGUACGAUCGCACACCAUAUCAUGAUCUUCU